AUGGCGCUCGUACCGGGCGGCGAGUUCCUCAUGGGGACCGAGGAUCCGGGCGGCUUUCCAGCGGACGGCGAGGGCCCCGUGCGAAGCGUCCGCGUCAACUCAUUCUACAUCGACACCUACACCGUAACGAAUGAGCAGUUCGCGCGGUUCGCGCGCGAAACCAACUACAGGACGGACGCAGAGCGCUUUGGCUGGUCGUUUGUCUUUCACAUGUUCGUGGGCGCAAAAGCGCGCCGCACCGCUGAGCAAGCCGCCGCCGAUGCUCCCUGGUGGUGGGUCAUCAACGGCGCGUACUGGCGCAGGCCCGAUGGUCCCGGCUCAAACCUCAAGCAGCGCUGGAACCAUCCCGCAACCCACAUUUCAUGGAACGACGCCACCGCAUACUGCGAAUGGGCAGGCAAGCGCCUGCCUACCGAAGCAGAGUGGGAAUAUGCUGCGCGCGGCGGACUGUCACAGAAGCGGUACGCGUGGGGCGACGACCUAACCCCCGAUGGCGAGCACUGCUGCAACAUCUGGCAGGGCAUGUUCCCUGACGAAAACAGCGCAGAUGACGGUCACAAGGGCACCGCGCCUGUUGACGCAUACGAGCCGAACGGCUACGGCUUGUACAAUGUCGCCGGCAAUGUGUGGGAGUGGACGCGCGACUGGUUCAGUCCUACAUUCCAUAUCGAGAUGGGCCACAUCAGCGGACCGCGCGAUAACCCACAGGGUCCGCCGUCAGGGACGUCCAAGACGAUUCGCGGGGGCUCGUAUCUGUGCCACGACUCGUACUGCAACCGAUACAGAGUUGCAGCCCGCACCUCGAACACACCCGACAGCUCGACAGGCAACCUCGGCUUUCGCUGCGUUAGAGACGCCUGA